CCAACGAAGCGUGAGAUUUCGCAUCUAGCUGCCUGCGUUCGUUGAGUCUACGUUUUACAUCGGGGAAAAAAACAGUGCCGCAACUCUGUGGGGUUUGGAGAACUGAGACGUUCCUCUGAGUGGUGCCUCUGUCCUAGCUAUUGGGAUAGACCAGGGCAAAGGGCCACAAUGAAUGAUCAGGGGAACAGUCAGGAUUUCGAGGACCUGUGGAACUCAAUGGUUCAACCAACUGCAGAUGUGAACUGGGAAACAUCUUAUUUAUCAGAAUCGCAUUUUGACGAGCAGGUGUUCGAGCAGCUGCAUGUUUCUGAGCCGUACCUCUCCGCUCCGGACGGUGGUGGCGCCCCUCCAUGUUCCACAGUGCCCACCACCACGGACUACCCAGGAGUGCAUGGCUUCCAGCUUCGCUUCCCAAAGUCCAGCUUUGCCAAGUCUGUGACCUGCACUUACUCUACGGACCUGAAUAAGCUUUACUGCCAGCUGGCAAAGACCUGCCAUAUCCAGAUGGUUGUGGAAACGCUGCCACCUCCAGGAUCGAUGCUGAGAGCCACUGCAGUCUACAAGAAGUCCGAGCACGUGGCCGAGGUGGUCAGGCGAUGUCCUCAUCACGAGAGGACCCCAGAAAACAAUGACGGGCAACCCCCUCCCAGCCACCUGAUCCGCGUGGAGGGGAAUCUGCAUGCUGUUUACCAGCAGGACCCGAACACCGGCAGGCAGAGUGUAGUGGUACCCUAUGAGCAACCUCAGCUGGGUUGUGAAUACACCACGACUCUCUACAAUUACAUGUGCAACAGCAGUUGUAUGGGGGGGAUGAACCGCAGACCAAUUCUGACAAUUGUCACCUUGGAAACGCAAGAGGGAGUCGUCCUCGGCCGACGGUGUUUCGAAGUUAGGGUGUGCGCUUGCCCUGGACGGGACCGAAAGACGGAGGAAACCAACUUCAGGAAAAUACAAGAGGCCAAGCCAUCUGUCAAGACUACCGCUACUCCCAAACGCAGUCUGAAGGAGACGCCUCAGGCGGCUGCACACCCAGAGGGCAGCAAGAAGGCCAAGUCCGGUUCCAGCACCGAGGAGGAGAUAUUCCACCUGCAGGUCCGGGGGAGAGAACGCUAUGAAAUGCUGAAGAAGAUAAAUGAUGGUUUGGAGCUCAAUGACCUGGUGCCCCCUAGUGAUGCAGAGAAAUAUCGCCAGAGACACAGCUCUAAAGGCGGUAACAAACGCGAGCGGGAUGGCCACACCAUGGAACCAAAAAGAGGAAAGAAACCUCUUGUGAAAGGAGAAAAAAGCGACUCUGAUUAAUAACAUGAU